AUUAAGAAACAUUAAAAAGAUCGGGUUGUAUGCGUACGCGCAUCAAAUGCAAACUAUUGGGGACACGAAAUAUGGACGUCUUGUAGGAAUGGAUAGCUAUGGAAAUAAGUAUUAUGAAAAUUUGGAAGAAGCGCCAAAUCGUACACGCUGGGUAGACUAUAAAUCGUCAUUAUUUGAUGCGUCGCAAGUAGAACCUGGAUGGAAUGCAUGGCUUCGAUAUAUGGUUGAUGAAGCACCAUCGGAAAGUAAUACGAAUGAAGGUUCUGUAAAAAAAUUGGAACCAUCUUGGAAGAAACCAUUUCAACCGAAUCUUACGUUUUCUCGUGGGGCUUACAAGCCAUAUAAUACAGUUCUACCGAAAUUUACAGAAUGGACGCCAAAUGUUAAGGAACGGGUGUCAUAAUUUGGGGUUCAAAUUUUUAUUUAUGUUUGAUUUAGUAGAUAAAUU